AUGCUACUCCGUCUGUGUUCCCUGAGAGUGACGGAAGACUUUGCCUGGUAUGGAGUCAGCAGGUGUGAAUUAGUGUUCCUAAUGGGACUACAGAGGAAAAACAUAUCUGGACAACUAUCACAACUAUCAGACACCCUGGAUUGGCUAUACAAACGCAAUGCUACUGGGUGGGGAGAGAACCGAAUCCGAUCCAUCACAGCUGAUGCGGUGGCCCUGUUAUUCAUGUAUGGCAAGGACCCUGUUGUGGAAUGCAACGGCCAGUCUCUGGACUACGGGGAUGCUCAGGCUGUGUCCGGCAUGAUCUGGGAUGCUCAGGCCACACCCGACCUCCGGGACCCGUUGUCAAGGAAGGACGCUGCCCAGCCUGUUCCAGUACCUGUUCCCAGCAUGAAGGACACUGCCCAGCCUGUUCCUGUUCCUGUUCCUGGCAUGGUGGAUGCUGCCCUGCCUUUUCCUGUCUCCAGCGUGGAGUAUGCCACUCUACCUGUCCCGUCUGUGGAGUCAUCUCCUGUCAUGAAUGCAACACUCAUUCCUCCUAACAUGUUUUUCAUCAGUGGAUUUUACAAUGUCCCACACACAAUGUAUUACUACAUAUUUCUGUCUUUUGUCUAUGUUGUGACUGUUUUGGGUAAUUCCGCUGUAAUGUGUUCAAUCUACUUGGCACGAAGUCUACACACAGCAAAGUAUAUAGCAGUCUUCAACUUGGCCUUCUCUGAUCUGUGUGGGAGCUCAGCUCUCGUUCCAAAGAUUCUGGAUGCAUUUCUAUUUAACAACCAGUACAUAUCAUAUGGAGCUUGCUUAGCAAACAUGUUUUUUGUUUAUCUUUUUAUGAACUUGCAGUCUCUUACUCUUUUAACUCUAGCCUAUGAUAGGGUAAUCGCUAUAUGUUUUCCACUGAGGUACCAUGUUAUUGUCAACAAAAUGGCAAUGGCUAUAAUCAUUGGUGUUAAUUGGCUUUUUUCUGUAAUUAUUGUCACUCUCAUUGUAGCCUUGAUUACCAGACUGUCUUUCUGUAAAUCUAUUACUGUUAACAGCUAUUUCUGUGAUCAUGGGCCUGUCUAUAUGUUAUCCUGCAAUGAUAAUUACAUGAAUUAUGUAAUGGCAAUUAUUUGUUUUUAUGGACUGAUAUGCACCCCUGUAAUAGUAAUAAUGAUCUCAUAUGUUUGUAUUGGCACUGCCUUGCUUAGGAUCUCACAGUGGACUGAGCGAAUCAAAGCCAUGAAAACCUGCACAUCCCACCUCCUGUUAGUGGCCAUAUUUUAUCUUCCAAUUUUAAGUACAAACUUAGCAGUUAAGAUCUCAUCCAUAAGCCCAAAUGACAGAAUAAUCAAUUCCACUUUGACACAGACAAUUCCACCUUUGUUAAAUCCCAUAAUCUACACUCUAAAGACAAAGGAGUUCAAGCAAGCAAUUAAAGUUCUCUGCAAACGAGCCAAAUUGGUUGUGAUGCAUGGACUACCUCGGUCCAGUGGUCAGCUGUUGUUUCCCCUACAGGUCAGGCAUGUUUAG